ACAGUGUAUCUACUUGCACCUCUGACACAAUGAUGGCUGAUGCAGCAUCAUGCCUUCCACCCUCUCCCUCUUUCUAGCUGGCAUCUGGCUCCUCUUAUCAUUUCCCCUUUUCCACAAAGAAAAAGAAGCUUAAAAUCCAUGGCCCUACAAGAACACAAGAACUCAAGCACCAUUUCUCCAUGCCAACGCGAAUCACAUAAGAGUUCAAGCCAAAGCUAAGAGGCCAUGAGAUCAGCUAUGGCUACUGCAUCGGUGGUUACCUAUCUUCAGAGGCCGAGAGAGCUUCCGGUGCCGGAGUUCCGGGCACCGCCGCCGUCUCCGGUCACCGGCGUCCUCACGAGCAGUAGCUCCGGCUCUCUUGCAUACGGCGAGUGCCCCGAUAGCAACGAAGACGACGAGAUCGGCAGGUUCUUGCGCCGCUCCGCCAGAGUCCCGGUGCUGCGGCUGCCGGAGAGGGCCGUCCCGCGGAAGAAGAAAGCGGCGUGGGCACCUCCGGUCAUCGACGUGCGCCUGCUGGCCUUGCCGGAGGCCGGCGGUCCGGUGGCGGAGGCGCUGAGGUCGGCAGCCGUCGCGUUUGGCUGCUUCCAGGUGGUCGGCCAUGGGGUCGACCGGAGCUUGGUCUCAGCAGCGUUGCGUCAUGUGGCAGCUGCAACUGCAAGGGCAGCGACGCCGGAGCCGGAGGAGGUGGAGGUCAACGGAGACGAUGAGAACGGUGAGGAGAUGUGGUGGUCGCCUGGUGACGGAGGCCAAGAAAUGGCGGGAAAUUGGGCGCUCCAAAGUGGCGCCAGCCACUUCAGGAACACAGCAGACGCUUUGUUCAUUCAGCUGGAGCAAACCGCAACCAAAAUAAUGGACGUCCUGCAGCGAGGCGGCGCCGUUGCCACGCAAUCCAUCGCCGGAGCUGACACAAACGGCUCGCUCCUCUGCAUCCGCAAGCACCGCCGCAGGCAAGACGACCGCAGCGGCGGCGCCUCUGGCCCGAUCCGCCACGACGACAUCCUGAGGAUGCUGGUCCGGAGCUCGCGGUGCUCGCGGGCCCUCGCCCUCCACCUCUGCCCCGGCGCCUCGGCGUUCCACAUCUUCUCCCGGCGAGGCUGGUCCAGAUUCAGGCCCAUGGACGGCGCCGUCGUCGUCACCGUCGGCGACCAGCUCCAGGCAUGCAACGGUGGGCUCUACAAGAGCGUGGCCGGGAAGCCAGCGUACAGCAAUGACGACCUCCGAGGAAACGGCGGCGACACCGGUGUCGCCUCCGCGGAGUUGUUCUACUGCUUCCCUUCGGCCGGCACGGCGGCUGGCAAGGCGAGCGAGGUGUUGAGCGCGGAUGCCGGCAAGAUCAUCCCGUUGAACCUGCAGUUCAUGGUGGCUGCUUGCCUUGUGCUUGGAUACCACUUUCUCCUGUCAAGCUUGCAUUCGACUUGGUUGUUGUGAUUUGUGAAAUACAGGACCUGUUCUCUGAAUAUGCAACUCGGCUUUGUCUGUACAGUUUUUGUCAGUCACUACUGCUCACUAUAAACUUGGUGCCUGGAAAAUGAUCGAUCUACCUUUCUGGA